CACAAUAAGAGCGGCCAUCUUUACCCACAGCAACAACUGCUACUCCAGCAAAGAAAGAAAAUAAAUGCCCUGUCGGAAUUGUAUUGUAUUCUGGAUGUGUCAUCAAAGGGAACGCGUUUAAAUUGGAAGCCAAACAAGCGGCACCAUGACCUAGUGAUCUUCAUAAGGAGCAUUCAUUUCACAAAGCAACCUUCUCUUUUGACAGAAAAGUGAAGCGAAACCAAUUUUUUGGUUUUGACUGAAGUCCCAUUCGUUUACAUGGAGAGGGCGGGGUUUAUGACCUGUACUGCAGCCAGCCACCAGGGGGCGAUCAAUGAGCUCGCAGCUUUUAAGGACAAGUGAGACACACCCACAUCAGACGCAGAACAAACAACACCCCCUGCAAAGUGUGUCUGUUGCUAGCAAAGAGUGUAGUCCGAGAUUCCCGCCAGUCGUCUGUACCGCUGUGGUAGUUUCCAGGGAGAGACCCUCGCCUCUCCCCCUGAGGAGAUAUGGAGCCCCAGGAGAGUCUGGGAGUGGAGGGCGACUCGGGCGCACUGGGGGCUCUGGUGCCGAGCCCACGGAGCGAAGCGGUGACCCAUGACCUGGAGGAAUUGUCUCUGCAGCCCACUCAGAGCCUUCCACCCAUUAAAGAGCGCAAGAACGUGCUUCAGUUAAGACUACAGCAGAGGCGCACACGCGAGCAGCUCGCAGACCAGGGCAUCAUGCCACCGCUGAAGACACCUGCAGCUUUUCACGGGCAGGUUAGAAGUCUGGAGAGGGCAAGGACUGAGAAUUUCCUGAAGCAUAAAAUCCGCAGCAGACCUGACCGCGCUGAACUUGUGCGUAUGCACAUUUUACAAGAAACCCACGCAGAGCCUUCUUUGCAAGCCACUCAGUUGAGACUAAAGAGAGCGCGUCUAGCAGAUGACCUCAAUGAGAAGAUUGCACAGAGGCCCGGACCAAUGGAACUGGUGGAGAAGAACAUUCUGCCUGUUGACGUUGCAGCUGGAGAACUGGAUGUUUAUAACUUCAAUGAGGACAGCAGUGAAGCUCUGUCUCCAGAGCAGCCAGCUAGCCAUGAGUCUCAAGGCUCUGCAUCUUCUCCUGUUGAAGCCAGACUGCCCGAACCAUCCUCUGUUUCGCCUCCAACUGGCUCCAAACUCCAGAGUUUAGACUUCCUGAACAGAACAUCAGUAGAAGAUGGCAGAGUAAUGACUUCCACUCUGACAGUCACUGCUGCUGCUCCCACAAAGCCUGGACCCACCCUCGUGAAGCAAAGUCAGCCCAAACAUUCCAGUGACAAGAGCCGAAGCAAGAAGAAUAAAGAACCCAAACCACGAAUUAAGAAGCUCAAGUAUCACCAGUACAUCCCACCUGACCAGAAGCAGGAACCUAAUGAAGCCCCGAUGGACUCGGCAUAUGCCAAGCUGCUUCAGCAACAGCAGCAGUUCCUGCAGCUCCAGAUUCUCAGUCAACAGCAACAGCAUUACAAUUACCAGGCCAUAUUACCAGCACCACUCAAGCCAGCAGCUGAGAGUCAGAACAGCUGCCCCAACAUCACAUUGAGCACCAGCCCAAAUCUUCCCGCUCCCAUUGUGGUAUCUCUGCCCAAUGCGGCUCCUUCACGUCCCAACAAUACGGUGACCGGUCGUAAAACCGGGUCUCUGCCUACCAACCUAGAUGAGAUGAAGGUGGCUGAGCUUAAGAUGGAGUUGAAAUUGCGAGGACUUCCUGUAUCCGGCACCAAAACAGAUCUCAUAGAAAGGCUUAAGGCCCACCAGGAGAGCUCUCAAUCUGCUACAACCAUGGAUACAAACAUCUCCAAAGCUUCUCUGCAGCCUGACAGCAUGAGCACAACUCCACCCGUUUCUCCUGAGGCCUCCAACAUGAGUAUGGAGGACAGCAGAGACAGUCCCAUCAAAGCUCUAUUUACAUUGUCUCCAGCCCGUCCACCAACAGGCACCUCACCCCUCAAACUCGCACCUGAAGACAUGACCAUGGACAUCAAGGUGUCCGAAAAAGACCAGCGCCUUCACGAGAAGGAGCGCCAGAUUGAGGAACUCAUGCGUAAGCUGGAGCAGGAGCAGCGGCUGGUGGAGGAGCUAAAGAUGCAGCUGGAGGUGGAGAAGAGGAGUCAGCAGGGCGGAGGGCAGCACCCUGAACCCAAUCCAUCAGUCCAGGUUAAAGAGGAGAACGGAGCCUCCAUGAGCUGCAAGUCCAAGCAGAGUCCCCUGCGGCAAACUACAGGUGUGAAACAGGAAGAGCCACAUGCCCAGCGGCACCACACCCCAGUCCAGCAGUUCUAUAUCAACACCCAGCAAGUCCCCCAAGUGCUGCAUCAGCAGACCCUGAUCAACACUCAGCCAGCUGCACAAAUCCUGCUGCCCAUCAGCCUGCCCAACAAUCCCAUCAACACACAGGCGCAGACAGUUCUCCAACCAACAAUGCCCAGUUUGGCUCAAAGCAUCAUACAAACACCACUUCUGCAAACACAGACGUCCAACAAUACAAUGUUACAACAGCAUUCAAAUCAGACGCCAUCUCCACCUCAAGCUUUACCCCUGUGUGGAAGCUCUUCUUCUGGGUUUGAGUACAGGCAGAACCAGAGCCAACCCAUGGCAGACGUGCCCCAGUGCUUCCUCAACUCGCCCAGACACACAAAUGGACCUACAAACAAACCUUCCUCGCCCUGUCAGCUCAACUAUAUCCUUCAGCCAACGACGUUUCCCAAUCACCGCAGCCCAAAGAGCAAAGACCCACCCCGUUAUGAGGAGGCCGUCAAACAGACCAGAGGUCUACAAGCCACAAUGCAGGUUCCUACUGCUACCAGUCAGCACAUGGACGAUUUGUUUGAUGUUUUGAUCGAGAGUGGAGAAAUAUCCCCUUUAUCCAGGCAGGAUCCUUCUCUGGAUAAACUUCUUCCAGUGACGGCAAACAUCACCACCCUGCCCAUCAACACAGUGCUGUCUCGUCCUCCCCCGCAGAUACACGUUGCCCUCACGCCCAACCAAAUCCAAGCGCCUCCACCCAAAAUGGUAGCCCUGGCCUCUGAUAACCAGUUGGAGGCCCUGCUGGAGGACGCUGAGCCACGGACCCUGAGACUGAUGGAGGAGCUUAAAAACCAGCUGCUGGAGCGGCCCCACUCCCCAAUGGACACUUCAGAUCUGACCUUCACUGACACGCCACCUUCUGCCCUCCCUCUGCAAGACGCAGGCCUCGACAACAUGGAGUGGUUGGACCUUACGAUUCCAGGUCCUGCUGGUAUCUCCUCACCAACUGCAGUCUUUUCAUCUGAUUUCUUGGACUCCACUGAUUUACAGUUACACUGGGACUGAGCUCACAAAGGGAUGGAGACUGGAGACGUUCUGAAAAGAUCUGUGGUUGGUUCUGAGGAUCUGUGUGUAAACCACUGAUAGUGUAGCAUCAGCUUUUCUCAAUUGCUCCUAUAUGUGCAGGUUUGCGUGCUGUUAUUGUCACCAACACCUCUUUUAAAGCCGAAGAAGAAUGUAGAGAGAGGUUUUUUUUUUUCACCUGUAUAUUUAGACAGUGAACUUCUGCUUUUCAUAUUUUGAAGCAGUCUUUGAAACUGCUGGCCUAUAUUGAAUGUUAGAAUGUUUUUUUAGAUUCUGAAAAGUAUAAUUUCUUACCUAAGACAGAACAUAUUUUAAAUGUAUCAUAUUUUGGGGAAAGUAAGGAUUACAAGUACAAUCAUAAUGCUUUUGCUAUUUGCGUUGUCCAGAAACUCUGUAGUUAUAGAGUUAAAGGGAUAGUAAGUUCAAAAAGUGUUGUUCUCAUUCCAAACUUGUAUCUCUUUCUUUCUGAAUUCAAAAGAUGAUGGUUUGAAUCUUGUUCAGCUGUUUGUUUUUUUGCCAUAAAAAGUCAUUGGGAUCCAAAACUUUCAAGCUCCAAAAAAGACAUAAAGGUAGCAUAAAAUUAAUCCAUAUGACUUGACUGGUAUAUUCAAAGCUUUCUGAAGCUGCACCAUUACUUUCUAUGAUAAACAGAUCUUUAUUAACUCUCAAACCAUACCAAAACAUUAAUCAGUGCAUACAGAGACCAAGUUAAAUUUGGUUUCAAGAACUUUUCCAUUUUCUUUUUAUUUAUUUUUCAGUAACAUGGUUCACUCAGAUAUGUCACAAUACAAAAGACUUGCAUUUAAUCACAACUUUAAAUGUCAAACCUCACUGAAUGUUGCAUGUCAUGUGCCCAAUCAAUCAAAAGCUGCAUAUUAUACAAAAUGAUUCAUAUGGAUUCAUUUCAUGCUACCUUUAUGUCCGUUUUGGAGCUUGAAAGUUUUGGACCCCAUUAACUUGAUGGUAUUAACAAAAACCAGCUGAAACGUUCUAUAAAAUACCAUCUUUUGUGUUCUGUUGAAGAAAAAAGCCAUAUGAGUUUGGAACAACAUAAUGACAUACUUAUUAUUUUAACUACAGAGUUUGCAAAUGUCAGACUUUUGUGAUGGAAACAUCGUGCCAUGGUAAUUGUUACAAAUGUGAUGUCACCUUCAUUGAAGGAACCUGUUUAAUGGAUCAUUCACAUUCAACUGCCAUAGUCAAUGAGCUGUUAACUGUUGCAUUAGGGUACUCGAAAUUGUGGCAGCUAAAUAAUAACAUUCAAUUUCUAAACAUUCGAAAUCAUCCAGUGCAUAGACUGGGAAAGGUCAGAGCGAGGUUGUUUACCAAACCCAGCAUGGGGCCAAAGAGAGGGAGGGAGAGAGGCACACAAACGCCCGACUAGGGGCCAUUAUUAUCCCUAUCAAAAGAGUAGAGAUAGAGUGGACAAGGGAUCAGCUCUUACAGUCCGGACUGCCACUGUGGUGUGUCUUGACCAGGGAAACAACACUAAACAGGACCAGUGAAAUUUUCAUAUUCAGAUCAGAAUGACAUCAGAGAGCAGCUGCAUUUUGAUUUGGUCAGGCUCUUUCCUGCAGUACAGAUGAUGUGUGGUUUUUUUUUUUGGAUGUAAAUGAACUGAAAUUGACUGUAUUUCACAGAAUUUGAGCGUCUUUCUUCAUAACCACUGAAGUACAGGUAGCUGGCAGGUAAUUUGCCUUUGUUAAUGUACCUAAGCCUCAUCUUCUCAGUUAUUUGUAAGAAUAAUUUAGUUUUUUUUUUUUCUAUGAAAUGUGACAAUGUAGCGUCAUCUGCUGGAACAGUUUGAAACAGACGGCUGAAUGAUUUUCUUAUCACCACUCCCCUUCAGAUGGAUCACUACGAAAUGUUUUUCUUCAGUGUUUGGCAAAUGUAAUAGCAGAUUUCUCUUUAGACACUCUGUGAAAAUAUGCCAAACAUGCCAAAUAGUGCACUUACUUGACCUUGGACUGAACUUACUGACAAUCAGUUGCUUAUCCAAACAUGUUGUCAAAAUGAAAGAAUGUAUUUCUAUAUUUAGAAAUGUAAUUUCUAAAGGGAUAUCAUAGAUCUGUCUCUAUCAGAGACCCAAAGCUUUUAAUUUUGUAAACGUACCAUUUUACUGCAUUUAUGUAGUUUUCACACACAUUUUUUAUUAUCACACAUUUUAUGGCUCUACAUGUAUUUUUUUUAGAGUGAAAAAAGACCCACGGUGUAGUAAAAUCCUAUCAUAAGACCUUAAAUGAACAUCUAAAGACGAUUAGGGUUUGUGUAUCUUUUUUCAAUAUGUCCAUCAGAGUAAUUGCUCUGUUAUGAAGAGGAAAAGAGAAAUAUAUGAAAUCUUACUGACCCUUUGAAGUGCGAUGUAGGUUGUAUGCCUCAGAUUUUGCACAGUGUAUAUAUUUUACAAUAUACAUUUUAUAUAAAUGUAUUUGUGCAACUGUAAAUAAUGUUUUGAGGUUAUCUUUGUACAUAUCUUUGUGUAUAUACAGCCUUUUAUCAUUAAAAUGUUUCUGUAUUUGAAACUACUUGUUUGGCCUUCCAAAGGACAGAACCAUGUUCUGGCCCCACAUAACCUUUAUUUAGCAAAGCUAACAACACAAUAAAUAGACUUAACAUUUGACAGUUUACCAAAGAUAAAAAUGUUUAACCAAACGUAACCAACAGAACUAGAUAGAAUUGAUUUUAACCAGCUGAAGAACUCGUACUCUACUACAUGCAAACAGAAUCAGGCAUUUGUUAAAGUACUGACUGGGUUUCUGCAGAUUUUAUAAAGGUAAAUGUUACACUUUUUAAGACCCAGUAAAGGAACUUUUAAGGAAUAAAUUGAAGGCAACACAAUGUUUUCAAAAUGUAAAUGUCUAAGUAGGAAAGAAUGGCUUGUAUUAUGCUGGGGGGACACCAAAAGAUUUUUUAAAAUCUUAUAAGAUCUUCAAAAUGUGAAAGACCACCAUGACAAAAAUUACCAAAAAUAUAGUGUGUGGUGUCCUUGGGGUUCCCCCGUUCUUCUGAGCAGAUUCAGUCACUCUUAACACACCUCACACCACAGGAAAAUCUGAUAAGAUAAUCUUUAGAACCACCAAGAUAAUCGGAUUGUCGGAAGGGGAGAAAUCGGCCCAAAAUCAGCGCGAUUAUCUUGUGUGUACCCAGAUUUAGUAAUACUUCAAAAUUCGAAAGUACAGCUUUCAACUAACCUCCAUUACUUUUUAAUUUAUUUUACAAAAUAAAUAAAUAAAUACAGCUUAAGGUUUGAAUAGCUCUGCUCCCAACCACUAGAAUGUGGAAAUUACUUUACUGUACCUUUUGAUCACACCACAAAAAAAAAUUAAAAAAAAUGGAAAUGGUUCUUUGGAAAUGUCUAAACAUCCUUAAAUCAAGAUGCAUUUACUUGACAAGCAAGUCUGAAGAUGAUUAGAAGUCAAAUUUGGUGAAAAUCGGGCCAGUGGUUUGGGAGGAGAAGCAGGUUUUCAAAGAAAAUCAAAAUGGCAGACUGGACACUUGUGGUGUAAUUAGUAUCGAUGGUAUCAAUAUUCUCGGCAUGAUCCAAGGAAAUAUAUCAAGACCAGUCUCAUGACAAAAAUAAUCAAAAGCUAUUAGUAUUUUUUGACCACACGGUGGUGCUGCCCUGAGACUUUUUGAGUACCAUCAGGGCAUGGUACCAAAGACAAAUACAGAGUUUCACAACAACAUGAUAAUGCCUUCGUAAAAUAUAGCAAAGCUAAAGUCAAAAUGGCCAACAAUGGGAAAAUUGGGUAUCAAUCAAUUUGGUAAGCUGCACCAAAUCUAAAGAGAUAGUUGUGGUCUUGAUUUUUGACCUAACUGUUCAGACGUUUUAAGCAAAAAUAUCAAUUUUUUCACAUCACCUGACAACUAGGUGGCACUGUGCCACAACUGUGCAUGUACCCUCAGGUCAUGGUUGUCAUACACACGGAGUUUGGUCUGAAUAUAAAAAAGCGUUGCAUAGAUAUAGCCUUUCGUCCAUUUUUGUGCUUUUUGUUGAAUUCAUUCAUUCAUUGCUUGUUAUUCAAGGCUAAUCAACUUGAAUUCCAUGUUGUUGUUUUGUCAGCAUUGUCUGAACAUGAUCUGGUUCAAUUGUUUAUGUAAAUCAGACUAAUGGUCUAGGAGGAAUUUGAAAAAGUAGGUUUUACAGAAAACUCAAAAUGUCAUGCGCUAGAGGAAUUGCGUUAAAGACUAAAUCUGCUGUGGUUAAUGCUCAGACUGUCCUCUAUACAUGUGCCAAAAUUCACAACUUUUUACCAUACGGUUCUAUGUGCUGCCAUAGACUCAAGAGCGAGAAGACGACGACUAAAGGAUACAAUCGGUAUCUACAGACCUUCAGUGCUUGGCCCCUAAAUAUCUGCAAAUAGGCUCUGAAAAAUCAGCUUAAUUAAACCACAUCUUUGCAGAUAUUUAUUAUUGUUGUAAGCAUAAACUCACUUAAUUGUUUUCAGUUUUUCCAAGACUUAAUUUUACAUAUGCAUUUCAAAACCUCUUAAAACCUCAGAAACCCUAAAUGCAUCUUGAUUCCAUUUUUUAUAAUCCUGUACAACCUGAAAGUGUUCAGUGCUUUAGCAAAUAUUCAACCCAAAAUUCAAAUUUGUCAUUGAAUGUUCUUUAAGUUCAAAUCAGAAGACUGAAAUCUCACGGAAGAUUCAUACGUCUUACAUUUUCCUUUCGGUAUGGAUAGUUCUGGAGGUAAAUUUUGAGGCAAACCGAAACGUUGGCUUAGUCCCCGCAAAGAGCGAACCGUGAGAUAUCGCCAUCGUAUCUUUUAAGAAAGGGUAAUUCCAUGGGGACUGUCCCUGUAAAACGUUCAGGAUGACACCGGCUGAAACUUUUCAGUUUCAGUUCCAUCAACCUUUUCAGUUUAGUUCACAUUACGGGAUUCAGAAAUUCCACUCCUCAGAGCUUUUUGCAUGUUUUUAUGUGACUCCGACAUUUUGGACACUUGUGAACGACGUCUUUGCAUCUAUCCAUGCAGAACGGGAUGGCACAGCAGCCAGCUAUACAAC